CCCCCUUACAAUGGCAGAAUCCCACCUGCAAUCAUCCUUGAUCACAGCCUCACAGUUUUUCGAGAUCUGGCUUCAUUUCGACGCUGAUGGAAGUGGUUACCUGGAAGGAAAGGAGCUGCAGAACUUGAUCCAGGAGCUCCUGCAAGCGCGAAAGAAGGCUGGCUUGGAGUUGUCGCCUGAGAUGAAAACUUUUGUGGAUCAGUAUGGGCAAAGAGAUGAUGGAAAAAUAGGAAUUGUAGAGUUGGCUCAUGUGUUACCCACAGAAGAGAAUUUCCUGCUGCUCUUCCGAUGCCAGCAGCUGAAGUCCUGUGAGGAAUUCAUGAAGACUUGGAGAAAAUACGAUACUGAUCACAGUGGCUUCAUAGAAACUGAGGAACUUAAGAACUUUCUAAAGGACCUGCUAGAAAAAGCAAACAAGACUGUUGAUGACACAAAACUAGCUGAGUACACAGACCUUAUGCUGAAACUAUUUGAUUCAAAUAAUGAUGGGAAGCUGGAAUUAACUGAGAUGGCCAGGUUACUACCAGUGCAGGAGAAUUUUCUUCUUAAAUUUCAGGGAGUCAAAAUGUGUGGGAAAGAGUUCAAUAAGGCUUUUGAGUUAUAUGAUCAGGAUGGCAAUGGAUACAUAGAUGAAAAUGAACUGGAUGCUUUACUGAAAGAUCUGUGUGAGAAGAAUAAACAGGAUCUGGAUAUUAAUAAUAUUCCAACAUACAAGAAGAGCAUAAUGGCUUUGUCAGAUGGAGGGAAGCUGUACCGAACAGAUCUUGCUCUUAUUCUUUCUGCUGGGGACAACUAGAGUUUGUGGCUACAACCACUUGCUAGCGAUACAUUGUAUCUAAAAAAUAACUGUGCACUAUAAAGGAGUAGGCUGUAUUUUCUUUUAUAUCUGUAAAUUUCACUGCAUAUAGAUAAUUAUCCAGGAUAUGUGGCACAUUCUUUUCUGCUUGUUUCUAUACUGUUUGUAAUGUACAGUUUUUGUAACUAUAUGAAUGAAAAGGAGACAGUCUAUGCUUAGACCAGUUAGUACAGCCAAUUUUAAAAAUAACCUAACAUAUUCUUGUUUUCAUAAAUACAGUUGGACAUUAAUAUUUUCCUAAAAAUUUCACCAGGAAUAACCUCUAAAAUUCUAGUCUCUAAUGUGUAAAUGCACAUUUGUCACUGAAUAAGAUAAUAAUAAUGAUACAAUGAGCAUUCUUAGACAAUCAUGAAACUGUCCCACAAAAUACUUCUAAGCUAUUAUUUCCAACUAUUAGUAAAAAUGUCCUUUUAAAUCUAAAAUACCAACAUAUCAAUAAAUACUUAAUACUGGCUUUAUGAAGUUAACGGUCUCCCUAGAUUUUCAGUUUACUAAACAAUGACAUGUCUACUGCUUGAUCCAUAUUAAAUGGUUGGUUCAAGAUCUGGUAACAAGGGAAGGUAGUACCAGAUGACAUUAAAAACCUGUCUGACUCCACACCUAUAUUUCCAAUGAGUCUACUGUCAGAGAGUAUGGUCUUGAUCCAUUUUCUAAACCAUUUUCAUGUGUUUCCAAUUAUAAUUAUCCUAGAAAACUGCUGUCUUAUAUAGUGUGUGUAAUCUCCAAUUAAAUUUAAUAUGCUGAGUAUCCUGGUGUCUAGUUUGCAUACUUCCUGGAUUUUCUUUCUAUGUAGAGCUGUUCAUUCCAUCAAGAGUAUCUGCCCCAUCUGAAAAUAUUUUUUUCUAGCUAUAACAACUCUAUUUUUUACUACAUAAUUGAAUUUUAAUGUAAAAUUCAUAGCACCCUGAUUACUGAAUGUUAUAUCAUCAAUACUUUUGUGUAUUCUGUAUUUCAUAUUGAGAUUGGCAUUCAAAAUAGUUCUAUUUCUAUCUACAAAUAGUUUCAAAUGAAUUAAAAAUAGCAUCUGAAGAGAAAUACUAAUGUAAUCAUUUAGCCUAUCUAGUGAGGGAGAUUCUAAAACCUCCCUUUGACCCACCUCUAAGUCACAGCUUCACAUAUUUGUAGCUAGAUUAUCCUAUACUGGUUAUAAUUGAUAUGCAAUGGUUGGUGACUUCAGAUUCUUUGAUUGUGAUGCAAGGAACAAUGACCAAAGUGUCUGGGUGAAAUUUAUAGUUACUGCCAAAGAGUUAAUGAUGGUCCUGGGUCAGCUUGAAUGUUCCCAUUCGACACUUUUUCUGUUUCAUAAAAAUAACAAAAAUGUGAGCUGUCUCUUUCCCUCAAGAAUGAACAGAAAAGAGAUCUGCCAAAAAAUAAAAUUUAUCAAAUGACAUGAGUAGUAGAUUGGCUUUACCUGUAGCAUGUAAAUGGAAACACUGACAUUAGACAGAGUUUAAGUAUUAAGAAUAAAUAAAGAAAAUAACCUUAA